AUGAAUACCUCCGGUCUUGCUAGCUCUACCGACCACCCCUUGAAUACAGUAGAGGAUCUCGAUUACAAUCAGGGCGGCUAUCACCCCGUACACCUUGGUGAUUCUUUUGAUAAUAAUCGUUAUCAUGUCAUACACAAACUGGGAUAUGGAGGAUACGCAACCGUUUGGCUGGCCCGAGAUAAAAAGAGACACAGAUACGUAGCAUUAAAAAUUCUCACAGCAAGGGCAUCAUAUUAUUCGCCUGAGGUCAAUAUGACACGCCUGAUGAGACAUAGCCCAGAUCAUCAAGAAAAAGCCAAUAUCAACUUGCUUCUGAAUAGCUUCCUUCACACUGGACCGAACGGAAACCACCUAUGCUUAACCUCGCCCGUUCGCGGCCCCAGUCUCAGAAAUUUCACCACCUUGACCUGCCAACAACACAAUGAAGGAGAACGAAUGGAAAAAUCGAUAGCGAGGAGCGUCUCCUCGCAAGUGGCACAUAGUGUAGCCUACCUCCAUCAUAACAAUAUCAUUCACGGAGAUCUUACAUCUGCGAACAUCCUGCUUGAGAUUGCCAAUAUGGAUGACUGGACAGAGCAAGAAGUUUACCAAAGGCUGGGUAAUCCUUGCAAGCAAGAACUUUCCCACGCCGAUUUACUUCAUGCCAAUCUUGAUACGUCCGUAUCAACCUUCCCCAAGUACACUGUCGCCAGUAUUAACAUGCUAAACGUAUCUCCCGCGUGGCUCUCGCCCAAUGCUACAAUCAUAGACUUUGGUAUCGCCCUCCGCCACGGAACCUCAUCUUUGGAGAUAGGUACGCCCAGAAGCUACUGCGCUCCCGAACUGCUCUUUCACUCAUCCCGAAGUAAGGCAUCCGAUAUCUGGGCUUUGGGAUGCCUGAUCUUCGAGGUCCACACCGGGUGUUCAUUGUUUGCUUUCAGCAGGUAUACACCGAGAAGUAAGAUGGUGCAAACUUGGGUAGAGACUUUGGGAGGCCACUUCCCGUACGAGUGGCAAUCAACACUCAGUCUAUGUGAUGCGCAUUCUGAAAGCAUGGGAGAGCCAAAGAAUCUUCUCCUACAGCGAAUUAUGAAUAUAGGACCACAAGAUGAUGAAACUGCCCCCAUAUCUCCCUCCGCAAGCCAAAGCAAUCGGGCGAGCAUAGAUCAACUCGUGUCAAUGGCGAUGGGUCUCACUACCAGCGAAGCCGAUGAGGUACUGAGGUUAGCACAGCUUUCUAAUCAGAACAGUUUGGAUUGCAAUAUCCCUGGGCGUGAAAGCAGUGCUCAAAGCUCAGAAUGGUCUAUCCCUUCCGGGCAGAGCUUGACCCACCUUGUUAAAGUGCAAUCUUCAAUGAUACAAGCCAACACUCACCAUUCAAGCGUAACGACCCUUCCAACUCUCCAUCAAUCCCCAAUCCAAGGUGUGCCGCCUCCCGCCCCUAACGUCAUUUGGCAGUACAGUCCCUACAACAAUCAAAAAAUUAUUGACUCUAAAGACUUGAAGAUUUCCGUUGAUGAAGCUGUGUCCCUGGAAGGUUUAAUACGAAGCUGUUUGGAGUAUCGACCAGAAGAUCGAAUUCUGGCUUCUGAAAUAACCAAACAUGUCUGGUUCUCCAACAUCUUCUCAAUAACAUCAGAUUCUACCACAUAG